AUGAUCUCUGUUGUUUGCCGUAGUUAGUUUAACCGGAUGUAGAGUGUGAAGGUCAGAAGAAAGGAUUAUGGGAAGUGCGAUGAAUGACAACGGGAACGUUUUCCACAGAAAAAUACACCACAUCAAGAUUUUAUAAUUUCUUUGGUGGUUGAAAGUUCGCCGAAGCGGAGGUGCCGGGAUGUUCCUCACAUUGGCGUUGUUCCGGAAGGGCAUACCGGGAAAGCAGUGGAUUGGGAAGUACCGGCGUCCGCGGCACGUCACCUGGCAGAUGAAGCGCAACAUGAUCGCACGACUGGAGCAGGAGGCGGAGAAUGAGUACUGGCUGAGCCGCCCGUUCAUGACCCGCGAACAGGAGUACCGUCAUGCGGCCGAGCGCCGCCUGCAGAACUGGCUGAACUUCAAGGAGGCCACAGCUGGCAAACUUCCUGAACACAGGUUCAUUGUGGAGCACUUAGGCCACCUCAAUACCACGAAGAAGUGGUCCAAUCAGUAACGGUCACGGCCGUUCGCAAGAUCCCUUCUGAAGCUGUGGAUUGGUCGAACUUGACAUUGAGAUGUUGUAACUUAAAUUAACUGUAAGCUUCAAGUCUUGGGAUUUGUCACUUUCACUCUGCUAGAAACAUAUAUGUAUUAAAUCACAUUUUGCAUAAAACACCA